CCAAAUCAGUUGUUUACGUAUACUAUUAUUGAUAGGAAUAAUCAUAACGUGUCACAAAACCCAACUAUUUCUAGUCCAUUUUAACAAGUCACUUUCUUACAAAAUACAUUUUGCGUUGGUUCACCAUUGGAAUUUACAGCAUCUUAUACCGUUUCACAAAACCCUGAAAAAUAAAAAUGGAUCAAGUAACCAAAGUAUUGGAACCAGGACGUCAGUUCUCAAAAGACUCUGUGAGAUUAGUAAAAAGAUGUACUAAGCCUGAUAGAAAAGAAUUUCAAAAAAUUGCCAUUGCUACUGCUAUUGGAUUUUGCAUUAUGGGAUUUAUUGGUUUUUUUGUCAAACUUAUUCAUAUACCCAUCAACAACAUCAUUGUGGGAUCAUAAACUGGAACAAAUAUGCUUUUCGUCUUAUCAAAUACAAUAUCUACAGAUGUGUUAUGUUAUUAACUUCUGAUUUUAAAUAUAUAUAUUAUGUAUUAUGUAUCCUGAAAAUGAACUCCUAUUUUGUUCAAUUUAGUGAAUAGAGAUUAUGUAUUUAUUAAAAAAAUUUUAAGUAUACAAAUAAUGUAUGAUACAAAAAAAUAAAUUUGUUUAUAUAAAAGUAAUAUUUUUAUUAAGAAUAAUA